GAUAUCUUGUUUCAGAUGAAAGGACCAAUCCAUCAUGACUCCACAAUAACAGUGUUGGAGGCUGAGGUUAUCGCAUUGGUGAGAGGACUAACCGAGGCUGCCAGUAUGGGGAUCACUCAUAUCUCAAUCUACUGUGAUUAUUAUCCAGUUUACGAAUUUGUCAUGGGAAGAUACAUACCAGAGAAUAACAAAACUGCCUUGCUAAUGAUGGAUGUACAACGUAUCAGAUUAGCAUUUAUUUCGAGCUUUCCGAUUUUCGUGGAGGGAACUACCAAGGUUACACUAAAAAAAACUUGCAAUAUCUGUUUAGAUGAUGCUAUUAACGCUGAUGAGAUGGUUUGUGUCGAUAAAUGUCGUCAUCGAUUGUGUUGCGAGUGUAUGAAACGACAUAUAGAGGUUAGGCUGCUCGAGGGAAGUGUGGUUAGAUGUCCUUAUUUCCGGUGCAAGACUAAGUUGACUUUUGAAGGCUGUGAAAAUAUUUUGACACCUAAACUUAGAAAGAUGUGGCAACAAAGGAUCAAAGAGGACGCUAUCCCUGUAUCAGAGAGAAUUUACUGCCCAAACCCGAGGUGCUCGGCUUUAAUGUCGGAAACUGAGCUCUCGAAAUCGACCGGAGGAGCUGAAGUUAGGAGAUUGUGCUUCAAAUGCGGUGAAAUUUUUUGCAUCAGCUGCAAAGUUUCAUGGCAUAGUAACAUGUCCUGCGACGUUUACAAGAGGUUGCAUCCAUAUCCUACAGAAAACGAUAGAAAGAUUAAAACUCUGGCAGAUCAGAAACUGUGGCGUCAAUGCCCAAAGUGUCAACAAAUGAUUGAACUUAAAGAAGGAUGCGUACGAGUAAAAUGCAGAUGUGGGCAUAGCUUUUGCUACCGAUGUGGAAUCCAAGCUGGAGGUUGCCAACAUGGUCAUGGUCUUCCUCCAAGGCCUCCACGGCCUCCACAGCAGCCAUCACCGCCGCCACCUGCGCCAGAAAUGCCACCAGCGCCAGCAAUAUGUUUUUGCCUCAUCUGUUUUAUACUUAUGAUAGCUUUCAUUGUUUACCUCGCUUUAUUAUGA